GGAAGGGGAGGAGAGGCCUGGAAGGGAGGGAGAGCAAGGGGUCAAUGUUGGUGUCACAGAGCAGUUCUGAAUGUUUUUGCUCCGCAGCUGUAGCAGAAACAGCUGCCUCUUGCAAUGGGUUCAGGGAUCCCCUAUAGGCGUCUCCCCACAUCUGUGUGGGACAGAGUAGAGGAGAAGAUGCCCAGCCUAUACCAAACUCUUUCAAACGUAUAUAAGACGUGGGGGAAGAAGCAUGUUUGGUGCGGUGGAAUCAUCGCCACCCUCUUCAUCUUCUUGAUCGUGUCUCUAAGUUGGCAGAAGCCAGAGGUUCGCCCCGAGCCAGACGAUACCCUUUCCGAAAGAUGUGCACAGCUACAAAGAGAAGUCUCCGGUCUGCAGGCCAUGCUCAAAAAGCACACGGAAGCCGCGGAGAGGGAGAAGGCAACGCUGAAAAGCGCCCUUUCCAGGAACCGGGAGCUGUUGCAGAAGGAGAAGGCAGACGGCGAAGCCCUCCGUGCUCGGCUGGUCCACUCAAACCAGACCGAGAAGCUCUUGGAGAAGACCAAGGAGGAAGGGGUCCAGAUGCAGGCUCAGCUGGAAGCUGCCCACCAGGCCCUCAGCGAAACCCGGCAGCUACGGGAUGCCUGCCAGGACCAGCUGGCAGGAAUCACAGCCCAAACAGCAGACAUGCAACAACAUGAGGAAGAAAAGAAGAAUCUCCAGGAGGAAAUUGAACACCUUCGACAGCAGGUGUCCAGGAUGGCCGAUGAGCUGCGGGACAUCUGGACAAAGAAAGCAAACCGCGAGGAGAGAAUCCAGCAUUUGGAGGAGCAGCUCAGUCGGCAGCAGAGGUCCACUGAGAAGAGCGAGGAGAUCCCGCCCAUCGUCCUUUUCCUGUCUGGUUUUGUUGUGUGUGCUAUAUGCAAGUGUUUUUGUGCUGGAAACAACUAACUGCCCCCAGGCCCCCCCAGGAGGAAACACCUGGGUGAGGAGCAGGUGAACUGGGAAACCAUUCAUAAAUUCACCCUGCUCCCAAAUUGUUAGUUAUUUGGUUUAUUGUUUUCUUAUUUAAUUUAUUAAUGGGUCACACCCAUUAAUAAUUUCUUUCCUUAAUUUAUUAUUAUUAGUAAACAUUAUUUUAUUAAUUUAUUAUUAAUGAAUUUUAGGUGAUGAGCCAUUUUCCUCACUUUUCUCUAGGUAAAUUAAUAUCGGAUCUUUACUUAAGGGAAUGUACCGGCACACUGUUUUCUUCGCUAUGGCUAUUUCAUAGAGAAGUGAACUUAAUAUUUAAUUUUAAUAUUUGCAACUUUUUUAAAAAAUUCAAUUCCAUUGUUUUUUUCACUGCAUUUUUAAGCCACCUUGGGUCCCAUUUCUGGGAGAAAUGCAUCAUGUAAAUAAAAUAAAAUAAGGGGUGGUAUCCUCCUUGUGGAUUA